AGGCUGGUGGAGGCGGCAGGCAACCUGGCCAGGAAAGUGUUGUUCAUCUUAGGCCAGCUUGUGAGUCCAGAGUGAAGUAACUGGAAAAGUGCAAGCGAAGAAGCAAGCAAGAUGAGUAGACCUCUGCUGCAGCCAGCUGGGCUCGUACAGUUCCUUCUGCUGUGGCUGCUGUUGACCCCGGUACCUGUGGCCAGGGUCGAGGCAAGGAGAUCCAGAGCCUUGCUGCCCUGCCCCGUGGUCUGCGAGCCGACGCGCUGUCCCCCGCUGCCCACCUGUUCCGCGGGGACCACACCAGUGCUCGACCGCUGCCGUUGCUGCCGCGUCUGUGCUGCAGCUGAGGGCGAAGCCUGCGGCGGGGCGCGAGGCCUGCCCUGCGGCCCUGGGCUGAAAUGUGGCUCGCCCUUCAGCCAGGAGUACGUCGGCGGCCCCUGGCUGGGCACCUGCGGCUGCCCGGCGACAGGGGCGGCGGUGUGCGGCAGCGACGGGCGCACCUAUGCCAGUCUGUGCGCGCUCCGCGCAGAGAACCGCGCCGCGCGUCUCCGUGGCGCGCUCCCAGCUGUGCCGGUGCAGAAAGGGUACUGCGGGGAUCCAGGGACCAGAAGCGCAGGCAGGGUCCGAAGCAAAUACAAUUUCAUCGCCGAGGUGGUGGAGAAGGUGGCGCCAUCUGUGGUUCACCUGCAGCUGUUUCGCAGGUCACCUCUCAGCGGCAAGGAAAUGCCUGCAUCCAGUGGCUCUGGGUUCAUAGUGUCUGAGGAUGGGCUCAUUGUUACCAAUGCUCAUGUCCUCACUAACCAGCAUCGGAUCCAGGUGGAGCUUCAAAGUGGGGUCCAGUAUGAAGCCACUGUCAAGGACAUUGACCAUAAGUUGGAUCUUGCACUGAUUAAGAUUGAGCCAAAUACUGACCUCCCUGUGUUGCUGCUGGGAAGAUCAUCUGACCUUCGGGCUGGAGAAUUUGUGGUGGCCUUGGGCAGCCCAUUUUCUCUACAGAACACGGUGACUGCAGGGAUUGUCAGCACCACACAGCGAGGGGGCAAAGAGCUGGGGCUGAAGGACUCAGACAUGGACUACAUACAGACUGAUGCCAUUAUUAAUCAUGGAAACUCUGGGGGGCCUUUGGUGAACUUGGAUGGUGAUGUGAUUGGCAUAAACACCCUGAAAGUGACCGCAGGAAUCUCUUUCGCUAUUCCCUCAGAUCGCAUCAGACAGUUCUUGGCAGACUAUCACGAGCGCCAGUUGAAAGGUGAAGGAAAAGCUCCUUUGCAGAAGAAAUAUCUGGGUCUGCGAAUGCUGCCCCUCACUCUGAACCUUCUUCAAGAAAUGAAAAGGCAAAAUCCAGAUUUCCCUGAUGUGAGUUCUGGGGUUUUUGUGUAUGAAGUAAUUCAAGGAACAGCUGCUGAAAGCUCGGGGUUGAGAGACCAUGAUAUAAUUGUCAGCAUAAAUGGGCAACCUGUUACAACCACAGCGGAUGUCAUAGAAGCUGUUAAAGACAAUGAUUCCCUUUCCAUCAUUGUGCGUCGGGGAAGUCAAACCUUAUUCUUGACAGUAACACCUGAAAUAAUCAAUUAAGUUUCUUGCUUUAAAGAGGGAUUAUUUAACAAAAUCUAUAUUACCCAAAGAAGUGACCAAAAUGGCAGGGGAUUUUAGGAUCUCUUUCUUAUAAAGAAAAAUGGAUACUUUAAACACACACACACAC